CAACAGUGUUAUGCGCUUUACGGCUGCUUUGGAGGCUGAUUCAAAAUGGAGUAAAGAUAAUCGCUGCGUAUUCGAGCAGCUGACCGUCACACAGCUUUCGAUUGAAGCGACGCUCUGCAGUAAUUCCUCCUUAAACCCCACAGCAUGACGGAGGACAACAAAUCUGGCUCGCUGGGCUUCUUUUCGAGUUAUGACAAUCUGAGCGACAGCAGCGAAGACUCUGAAGAUGAGGGAGCCAGUCGGAGGAAGAAGCCCGGGGGAGAAGGAGACGGAGCAGGGUCCUCCAAGGCAGCGGGGAAGCGUGCUGCGGGUGGCGGAGGCGGCGCUCUGCCCAGACCCGACGAGCUGUUCAACUCCGUGUCCAAGCCCGCCUUCCUUUACAACCCCCUAAACAAGCAGAUAGACUGGGACACGCUGACCGUCAAACCCCCCGAGGAGCCUGUCAAAGAAUUUAAGCCGUGGAAAACUAACGCCGUUCCUCCUCCUGAGAGCUACACUGCCGAGCCAGAGAAGAAGAAGAAAGGUCCUCCUCCAGGGACGGACAUGGCCAUAAAGUGGUCUAACGUCUACGAGGACAAUGGCGAAGAUGCACCGGCUCACACCGGCAAAGCUCGCUUCCUACCUCCAGAGGAGCAACCUGCUGACUCCGACGAGGAAUCUGAGAAGUCUGCCACGUCUGCCAAGAAACGGCGAGUGGAGACCUUCCAGCAGAAGGAGAAGAGGAAGAGGGAGCUGGGACAAGCCACCUCUGACAAGACCUUUGUGGAGGAGGAGAAACGGAUCCUCAGGCAGAAUGCUGAAUGAAGAGCAGCUGUAUUUUGUCACGAUUUAGGUCUCGCGUGUCUGAAAUAAGAAGCCAGUAAGCUACAGACACAGAGGGGGGUGUUAUUAGGAUGCUGAAAUACUGUCUUUUUUCUCUCUCAUUAUUUUACGACAUUAAAAUUGUUUUAGCGCUUAUAGUUAAAGUUUUUGUUGUUUUUUAAUUGUGGUUUAAUUAGUCAUUUCUUGUCCAAAGAUAUGAUGAUACUGGUAAAUUAAAGCUUUAUGAAAUGCGCUCACAUCUUUGUUUUAGUGAGCAAAAAGCUUGACUUGAACUGCUCUUCGCCGUACGCAGAGUUGCUUGGAUUUUUGUAACUCAGCGGAUUAUUCGAUGAUGAGCGAAAGCCAUAUCAAACCCAAAUGUUUUAACCCUAUGACUUCUAGCUGGGACUCCAGUUUUGUUUGCCUGUCAAAAAGUAACUGUGAUGUUUAAAUCCGGUCCUUCGUCUGUUCUUUUUUCUGUAAUUCCUGCUUUAUUUCUGACGCUGUGUUUGGACUCGAAUUACUGCUUGAUGUGAUUGUCUUCUUGUUGAAAUGUUUUCAAGAGACGUUUCUUCUUUUGGCCACUAGGGGUCAGGCUUUACCUACUAUACAUCUCUAUUUUUGUGGUAAAGUUUGCUUUCAUGUUACAAUAAAAAUCAUUGACAGAAGGAGCACUCCUCUUCA